CAUGUGAGGAGGUGCGGGGCGGGAGGCAUCGGCUGCGCCGGAGCCGAGCCCGGCUCGUCCUCCCUUUCUCUCAGCAUCCUCCGUGAUGCGAUCCUGGAGGUGAUACAGGCACAGCAGCAUCCAUGGCCUGCCCUUAGCGCCAGCAUUCCUGCUUUAUCCCCCGUGAUAUUCUGGCAGCGAACCGAGCCCGGCGUCGGAGGCGUUUGGUUGGCGAAGGGCUGACGUUGAGUGGCUUGUAACCGGGAUCGUAUUCUCCUGUAUUUUUUCAGGCUCCUUGGAAAUUGAGGAAUGCAAUUCUGCCACCAUGAUGGAAGGAUUGAAAAAACGUACCAGGAAGGCCUUUGGUAUACGGAAGAAAGAAAAGGACACUGAUUCCACGGGUUCACCGGACAGGGAUGGCAUCAAGAAGACAAAUGGAGCCCCGAAUGGAUUUUACGCGGAGAUUGACUGGGACAGAUACAACUCACCUGAGCUUGAUGAGGAGGGAUACAGCAUCCGACCUGAGGAACCAGGCUCUACCAAAGGAAAGCACUUCUACUCCUCGAGUGAAUCCGAGGAGGAAGAGGAGGCACACAAGAAGUUCAACAUCAAGAUCAAGCCCCUGCAGGCCAAGGAUGUCCUGAGGAGUGCGGCCACUGUGGAUGAGCUGAAGGCCUCCAUAGGCAACAUUGCACUUUCUCCAUCCCCUGUGAGGAAAAGUCCGCGGCGCAGCCCGGGGACAAUUAAAAGGAAUUUAUCCAGUGAGGAGAUCACACGGCCCCGGCGCUCCACACCAACACCAGACCCUGCCAGCAAGAAAACAGGGGAGGAUCCUGCUGCACUGGCUCCACUCUUCGGGCCCCCCUUGGAGUCGGCGUUCGAGGAGCAGAAACUGGACGCUGCUCUAGAUCAGCCUGAGAUCUGGGGUUCAGUCCAGCCCGUCAACACAAGUGUAGAGUCCCCAAAACUUCCAAGACCUUUUCCAACUGGAACUCCUCCACCGCUCCCACCGAAGAACAUCCCGGCCACGCCGCCGCGCACCGGCUCCCCCCUGCCUGUGGGAAUAGGAGGGGACCAGGCAGCAGCAGAGCCCAAAAGGGACAAACUCCCGUCCAUCAAUGACUUGGACAGCAUUUUUGGCCCUGUGCCGUCCCCCAAAUCUGCUGCUGCAAACGCAGAAGACAAGUGGGUCAAUUUUUCUGAUCAAUCCCCGGAAAACGCGGCUCCAGAGUUGACGCCCCGGGAAAAAGCGGGAUCCCCGCCGGCGGCAGCGGCCGGUCCAGCCAAUGCUCCCGCGGCGGAGCCCUCCCGCCCGCUGCCCUCGCCGCUGCACCUGGAGGAGGUUCACAAGAAGGUUUCUGAGCACCUGAAGGAUGAGAACGUGGAGCCGGUGGCCUCUCCCAAAGAUUUUGGGCCGGGACAGAGAGCGACCCCGCCGCCCCCUCCGCCGCCCACCUACCGCACGGUGGUCUCGUCCCCCGGACCGGGCGCCAGCGCGGGCAGCACCAGCGGUUCCUCGUCGCCGGCUCGCCCUGGAACGCCACUGGCCACCUGUGGCACCCCCCCGCCACCGCCCCCCCGGCCCCCCUCCCGGCCCAAGCUGCCCCCCGGCAAGCCCCCCAUCGCUGACGUGUCCAGGCCUUUUAGCCCUCCUAUCCACUCAUCCAGCCCUCCUCCGAUAGCACCUUUAGCCCGUGCUGAAAGUACUUCUUCCAUAUCUUCCACCAAUUCCCUGAGUGCAGCCACCACUCCCACCGUUGAGGAUGAUGCUUUUAUUGACAAACUGCCCGCGUUUGAAAGGCGCAGUGAAAUGCCGGCAGAGAAUGAACAGCCUUCCCUCGUUUGGUUUGACAGAGGAAAGUUUUAUUUGACUUUCGAAGGGUCAUCACGGGGGCCCAGCCCCCUCACCAUGGGGGCACAGGACACCCUGCCUGUCGCUGCCGCCUUCACAGAAACAGUCAAUGCGUAUUUCAAAGGGGCCGACCCCAACAAGUGUAUCGUGAAGAUUACGGGGGAGAUGGUGCUGUCAUUUCCAGCAGGCAUCACCCGACACUUUGCCAACAAUCCCACUCCGGCGGUGCUCACCUUCCGUGUGCUGAACUACAACAGGCUGGAGCAUGUCCUGCCAAACCCCCAGCUCCUCUGCUGUGACAGCGUGCAGAGUGACACCAACUCGAAGGAGUUCUGGGUCAACAUGCCAAAUCUGAUGACUCACCUAAAGAAGGUAUCGGAACAGAAACCGCAAGCCACCUAUUACAAUGUGGAUAUGCUCAAAUACCAGGUAUCUGCCCAGGGUAUUCAGUCUACUCCAUUAAACCUUGCAGUGAGCUGGCGGUGUGACCCUGCAAGCACUGAUCUCCGCAUCGACUACAAAUACAAUACAGAGGCAAUGACCACACCGGUAGCUCUAAACAAUGUCCAGUUCCUCGUCCCCGUCGAUGGAGGAGUAACCAAACUUCAAGCUGUGCUUCCUCCUGCUGUCUGGAAUGCUGAACAGCAAAGGAUAUUGUGGAAGAUCCCUGAUAUCUCUCAGAAGUCAGAAAAUGGAGGUGUGGGGUCUCUGCUGGCCCGGUUCCAGCUGUCAGAGGGGCCGAGCAGCCCGGCCCCGCUGGCCGUGCAGUUCACCAGCGAGGGCAGCACCCUGUCCAGCUGCGACAUUGAGCUCGUGGGCGCCGGGUACCGCUUCUCCCUCAUCAAGAAAAGGUUUGCAGCAGGUAAAUACUUGGCUGAUAACUGAUGGAAGCUUAUGCAAGUCUGUGGAAAAUACUAUGGAAAAUACCCAAGGACUGCUGUGUGUGGAACGGGUUUUAACUACAGUUUAAGGAAAAUGAACUAAAUCCUGCACUUGGGACAUUUCUGUUGGAAGUGUCGACAACUUUCAGCAUUUUUUUUCCUUGGAAAACACCGUCUUGACCAGUCCUACAGUAUUUACUUCUAGAUGUAACAUUGUUAAUGGUUUUAAAAUGUAAUUAUUGUAUUUGUAAAUUGUACUCAUUCCAGUAAGGCUGUAUUUUGGCAGUUAGACACUUGAGUUUUAGCAUUUUACCAUUCAUGAAAUGGAUGUAAUUUAAACUGUGGUAUAUAAAUCUAAUAGUAGUACUGUUGAAUGGCACAAUGCUUACAGAGGUAGAUUACAUUUUGUCAAUAUAUACAAUUUAAAUACAAUACUGGUAGCUGUUAUGAAGGGGGUGCCUCAUCAAAAGAGAGUUCAGUAGAGCCCACAUGCUGAUUUACUUUCCCUUCAGUUUUAGUACAUCUCACAGCGAUGAAUAAAAGCUUAAUCUUCAGGUUUAGCUGGUUUAACUCCAGAGAAAUAUCGCUGUAAAGGUGGAGGUUCCUAGCACAGUCUCCCAGGAAAAAAAUCUACAAGGAGUAUUUACUCCAAAUUCCCAACCUGCCCUGUGUUCUCUUACAGCUGCAGAUUCCCUGUCAGGAGUCCCGGCAGCAUGUAGGUGACCAACGUUUCUCUUUACCCCAUGUCCAUAUAUUUUGCAGGGAUUCAGAUAAGGAAAUAAGCAGCAAAGAGACUGGGUGGUAAAUCUGAGCUCACAGCGCUGUCAGGAAAUGUUCCUGCUGUUUUUAAGGAUGCGUUUUCUGAGCUGCCUCCAGAUUUUUGGUUGCAUUUUUACGUUCCUUUGCUCGCUUUUCUGCCUUUCCCCCCAUUUUUGAAAGCCCUAUGGGUUUAGAAAAUGUUUUAAAGACAUGCAGCCCCCCGAGGCCUUUCCAUUUUACCACUAAUCAGGAAAGUGUGUAUGGACUGGGAAACAACUCCCUGGGGAGCUGCCAAGAUACAGUGGGGCAAGAGCCAGCCUUGCUGGCACUGGGAGCAGCUCUCUCCUGGAGAUGGGAAAAUACAUGAAAGUGCUAAACGGGAGGCUGGGGAUCAAAAAAUUAUCCCUCUGUGUUUUUCCUGGGAGCUGGUGUCCUGCGGCUCAUCCCUGUGCAGCGUUUGGGAUCUUGUUGACAUUGGUCUCAUCCUACUUCUGGCAACAUGGUGAUAGCAUUGGUGGCAUUAAUGGCACAGCAUCUGCUGAGAUGUGGAGCUUGUUUAAUGGGAGAAUUUGGCAAUAUUGGGAAAGAAAAGAAGGGCUCUUUACAAAAUUAAACACAGUUGCAGUUCAGAUGCACAGAGAAGCUCAGGAGCAUCCACUGAACUGGGUGCUGGAGACUUCGGGAAUGUGUAAGAUGACAAAUAGUUCUGAUUUUACAGUCACAAAUGUUGCCAGGAUUAGGCUUGUGUAUUUGCAUAGGAAAACUUAGACUAAGCAUGUUAGGAUGUGCUUGAUUAUUGAGCAGUUUGGAUUGAUGUAGAAAAACAGAGAGCGGUGCCCAUCUGAAAAAAAAAUAAGGAAAUUUGGAGAUAUUUCAGGUCUGAGGUGACUCCCAGGCUGUGAUUUGUAAGAUUGAGGGGUGAGCUGUGUGUGUGCAUUCACAAAAGGCAGCAACAGGGAAGAUAAAGCACAAUUUGGUUCUGCAACUUCCCACAUCUUGGCAGAUUUUGGAAGUACACUCAGCAGUGCUCCUGGAUGGAGUGUCCCACUCCAUUAAUGAUUUUCCCCCUGAACUGGAAAUAUGUAUAAAGUGUGUAACCCACCCCUUUCUGACACAGGAAUACAGGGCAAACCCUAAGAAUCACAUCACUUCAUGCUGUGUACAACUUACAAAGUCAUUCUUCCAAAAGAGAUCUAUGGGAUAGGCCCAAAAAUAAGGGCUUUAUUGUGUAAAUAUUCCCAGAACAUAGAGAUUUUACUUUAUAUUUCAUUUGAGAGACAAGGUGUUUACAUAGCAUUGGGUUUUUGAAUGCUUUUUAAACAAAAAAACCCAUAACCCAAAGCUUCCAAGCUCGUCCCAUUUGUGCUGUGGCACAAAAUGGAGUCACUUUUUUGGGAUGCAGCUCCUGUGGCCUAGGUAGAGAGAUGGGACAGUUCUGUGCACUUUCUGGGGUGAAUUGGCUGGCAGGGCUGUGUCCAAUGUGCCAUCACACUUCCAGCCCCACAGGGAUAUGGUUUCCCCUCCAGCCAUGGGCAGGUGACACCAAACCCACAACACCGGGACCAAAACCAGCAGUUUGGGACAGAGGACAGGUUCCUUCCAUACUGCUUUGGCCAGUUUUUUUUCAUAGUGUUUUAGCAGAGUGCCACAGGGAUGCUGGUUUUGCUGGGCGUUUGUCUUCUUGCACGUACGAAUGUGGCACCCCGGUGUUACCCAAUGCAGGGAACACAACUGUUGUUGUUCCCGAGUCCAAAGUGCAGGAGCCUGGUCUUCCUGCCUGGCUUUGAGAAGGUCUCAGCAGAAAAGGUUAUGGGCAGCAGCUUAGGUUGGUCUGAGUGUUUAAUGUAGAGCAUCAAAUAGGAGCAUGUAUAGGAAUGUAUAUCCCUCACAGCCAAGAAUUACUUCCCAAUAUCCCAUCUAACCCUACCCUCUGACAGUGGGAAGCCAUUCCCCCUUGUCCUAUCACUCCAAGCCCUUGCCCCAAGUCCCCUUCCAGUGCCCCUUUAGGCACUGGAAGGGCUCUAAGAUCUCCCUGGAGCCUUUUCUUCUCCAGGAUGAAUACCCCCAGCUUUCUCAGCCUGUCUCCAGAGCAGAGGGGCUCCAGCCCUGGGAGCACUCCUAGCGGGAAGCACCACUGCUCUGUUUCCCAGCAUGUGGUCCAGCAGGUCUUUUGCCAAGUCAGACUGAGGCUGGAAAGGGGGCUCAGCCCUCUGGCACUGCCCAGCUCUAGCACUCCUGAGCUCAGCAGCACUCUGAUCUAUCUGAGUGAAAAAAAGGACAAAUAAAGGAGGCAUUAAAUAAAAAUAUAUGGAUGCAUGCAUAGAAAGGCUUUAGCUCAGUUACUCCCAUGGACCCUUCCCUUUAGACUGUGUCUCAGCAACCUCUCCCAGAGGAAUUUUCCCCUGGGAAUUUCAGCAGCCCACACCUGCAGAGUCAAAGUUCCUCUGAUGGAGCAGGAGGGUUUUCCCCCACAGACACCCGAAGACUUGGGGUUUUAGAUGUCAAGAGCAGGAAGUAAAUUUUUUUGGUAAUUUUUCUCCUGUUUGUCGUAAGCAGUCAGGAUUCUCAGUCACCUUAUGGUGCUCCUCACAGGAGACCUUUCAGACCAAUUUUCUACUUUAACAGUAUUUCUUAAUAACUAUGAAAUCACUCACUAGUAUGAAAUACUACCAAAUAAUGAGCUUUUCAUUUGGUGCCUCUUAAAUAUCGCUCUCCUGUUCAAUAAUUCUUAUUUUUGCUGUCAUUCAGGAUUUCAUUUAAAUUACUUUGCCUUUGAUCUGCCCUUUCAGGUUUUAUCUAUUAAAGGUUUUUAAAACAUAGAUGGGAAAAAACUAGAAAUUUCUGUUGGAAUGUCAUCCUGUUUUAGCCAGGCAGGAAGGGGAUGGAGAGGGAAGGCUGCAGCCACCCAAGAUUCCUCCAGCACAAGUAUCACAUAAAGAGUUACCACUUCCCUUUCUCCCAGCAGAGGCAUUUUAAAAGACUGGAGUGCACUGAGAAGAUUUUUAAAAGACUUAAGAAGGAAUCAAACAUCUUUUACUAAAAACAUUCAGACCUCAUCCUUGGCUACCAAUCUCUGUCAGCAACUGUUUCCAGGCCCACUGGGCACCUGGGGCAGUUUUGGGUCACAGCGGAAUCCUGCUCCAUUCCACCUUUUUUUUUGACAUACAGCCCAUGGAUCUGUUACCCAAACACCCAACAUCUUAAAAAAACCUCACAUCCAUACACUAAGUAUGGAGUGGUUUUUCCCCUACUCUUCUGUUGCUUCUAUGUGAAAACAUCUCGGUUAAAACACUUAAUUUUGAAGCUUGACAUAUUUUAUAUGUAACAUCAUGUCAUACUUUCCUGAUAAGAAAUUACUGCCUCAAAGAUUUCAUUUCAUAGCCAGAAUUCUUCUGUUCUUUUUUUUCUCACCAUUUCCCAAGGAAAGUAAUCCUUGCAGAGCUGGGGAGGUUUUAUGAUAAUCAGGAUUUUAGUUCUUAUUUCAAUCAGGAUUUUAAUUCUUAUUUCACUGCAAGGCUAGGAAAAUAUUUGCAGGAAUACACCCUGCUCCUGCCUUCCCUUUCCCUUUAGGAGGGAUGAUGCUGCUGGCAAUGGUUCUUGAAACCAUGAGCGUUAAAGUGGUGAUGCUCUUCCAAGGUUUUCAGACAAGCAGGACUCUGCAACAGGCCAUGCAAGAUGUGGUGAAACACAACAGGUUUUAGUGAGGCAUUUGGAAUAUCUUGUUCCUCCAUUAGAAAUCCCACUCUUUCUGGGUACAGCCGUCCUGCUGUCAGGUUUCUCAUCCACACAGGGAUGGGCUUUUCCACUCCAAAAUGCUUUAAGGUUGAUGAAAUCACCUGGUUGCUUGGAUUAUAUAAAACAUGUGGAGAUGUUCGUUGUGGUGAGCGAGGAAUCCCAUUGGGAUGUGUUGUGAAGCUCCUCUCCUGCAGCCAGGGCUGGUGGGUGGAGGGGAUGGAAUGCAGGAGAACCUCACCAGGACACCCCAGCAGUGAAUCAGAUUUCCCCAGGUAUCACCCUGUAUCAUUUUAUUAACUCCCUCAUGUAUAAAAUGUUUAUAAAUAUUUGUGGAUUAAGAUACACAGGUCUAUUUUUAAGAUUUAAGUUAAAUAAGUUAAUGAAUGGCUGGCCUUUUUUGCCUAAACGUGCAAUGAGAUAUAUUAUACCUUUAGUCUAUGAUGGCCUAGGUACUGCUUAGUCUGUGAUGAAAACUUUGCUGCUUUCCUACUGUUCUCAGAGAAAAAAAAAAACUGUAAAAGACGUACAGGUUUGUUGCACAGGGACUACUGCAGCGAAGCUUUGUAUUUGACCACUGGUAAUAUGAAUGUGUUGUAUUGACUUGUUGAAGAUAAUCAUGAAACAACAUAUUUUAAAUGUUACUUGCCUUAUAGAUUAGAGUACAACUAUGUGGAUAUCAUUUUUGUAAAUACUGUUUUUUAUAAAUGUCUCUCCUCCAUUCUCCCUGUCACCCAUUUCACCGAAUCUCGAAUAUGCAAUUAUUUACCACGCAUAACGUUGCGACAGAUAAAUCCCCAUGUCAGAACAAAGUUUAUUAAUUCUAUACAUAAGAUCCACAUUAAAUACCCAAUUGAGUUGCAAUUUAAAUGUGAUUAUUAUUUUUUCCUUGAAAAUAAACAAAACCAGUAAAACAA